UGAUUUGAUUUGAUCAUCAAAAGGGUCUCUCUCAUUCAUUUACUCAUCUCUUCUUCUUCCUCUUCUUCUUCUUCUUCGAUGGCAAUGGAGAAGAAGGCGGGCACCAUGGGGUUUUUACUUGUAUUCACACUCUGUUGUUCAUCGCCGAUUCUUUUGCCCGCCGCCUCUGCCCGAGUGGUGCCUUUGCCCCUUAAUUACCAAAAACCCAUUUCCAGUAUCUUUGAUCAUUCCAUGUUUGGUAAUCUCAAAAUCAAUAAUGGAUUGGCCUUAACUCCUCAGAUGGGAUGGAACAGCUGGAACUUCUUUGCAUGUAACAUUAACGAAACGGUUAUCAAAGAAACAGAAAAAAAAAAAAGCCUUACAUUUGGCCACUUUGGGGUUUCUUUUGCAGCUGAUGCCCUUGUCUCAACGGGCUUGUCCAAUUUAGGUUAUGUUUAUGUCAACAUAGAUGAUUGCUGGUCUUCUCCAAGCAGAGAUUCAGCGGGACAAUUGGUUGCUGAUCCUAAAACCUUCCCUUCAGGAAUUAAAGCCCUUGCAGAUUAUGUACAUGACAAGGGCCUCAAGCUUGGUAUUUAUUCUGAUGCUGGGGUAUUUACCUGUGAAGUACGCCCUGGAUCACUGAACCAUGAAAACGACGAUGCUGAGCUUUUUGCAUCAUGGGGUGUUGAUUAUUUGAAAUAUGACAACUGCUUCAACAACGGAAUCGAACCAAAGAAAAGGUACCCGCCUAUGCGUGACGCACUAAAUGCAACUGGACGCUCAAUCUUCUAUUCGAUAUGUGAAUGGGGCGUUGAUGACCCUGCCAUAUGGGCUGGUCAGGUGGGGAACAGUUGGCGAACAACAGGCGACAUCAAGGAUUCUUGGGAGAGCAUGACCACCAUUGCUGAUCUCAAUGACAAGUGGGCUUCCUAUGCCGGACCUGGUGGAUGGAAUGAUCCAGACAUGUUAGAAGUUGGCAAUGGAGGCAUGACUUAUGAUGAGUAUCAAGCUCAUUUUAGCAUAUGGGCUCUAAUGAAGGCUCCUCUUUUGAUUGGUUGCGAUGUUAGAAACAUGAGUGCAGAAACGGUGGAACUACUUACCAAUACAGAGGUCAUUGCUGUGAACCAAGACCCACUUGGUAUUCAAGGAAGGAAAGUUCAAGUUUCAGGGAAUGAUGACUGCAUUCAGGUAUGGGCAGGACCUUUGACCAGACAUCGUCUGGUUGUUGGUCUCUGGAAUAGGUGUCCCGAGGCUGCAACCAUCACCGCAGUUUGGAGCGCACUUGGACUUGAAUCAGCUUCUAUUGUGUCAGUGAGAGAUUUGUGGAAGCGCGAGGACAUAGGAGAUGCAGUGGGCUCAUUUAGUGCCAAAGUAAAAUCUCACGGCUGCGAGAUGUAUAUAUUCAGUACUGAGACAACACACUCUUUCAUAUAAGGUCAGAUUUUUGGUUUAGUGGCUUUGGUGCACAUUUUAGGGCAGCCAGGUUUUAUCACGCUGUUAUGAAUUACUUUGGGUGUUGUGUAAUAAAUAAUAAUCUCUGCCUCAUUUUGGGAACAUUUGUAUCUUUAGAAUCUUCAAUUUAAAGCAAAACUCUCACAUU